UAAACAAAAAAAAAAAUUGAAAAAUAUUUUACUGAAAAAGUCAAUUUAUUGAAAAAUCAAAAUGCUGCAACGUCUGCUACGUAAACUAAAAAAGCCUGGCCUUGUCGCCACACCGAAGCAGGCCAAGUUCAAAAAGAAUUGUAAAUGUGAGCCAACAACUUGCAAAUGUAUCAAGAAAAGGCAACAACAACAACAUCGCUGGCUGCUUUCGCAACUUCGAAGACGGGGCGCUGAUAACUUAUCAAGCGUAAUAUUAUUUUAGAGCAGAAACAAAACAAACAAGUCAUUAAAAUCAAUUUAAAUAAACCGAAGAUGACAUACCCUAUUGAA